AUGGCGUCCGCAACCGGGCUCGCGUUAGAGCAAACGAUUCAGAAGCAAACCGUACUGAUCGGGAAACAAGCAGAAUUAAUACACAAAUUGGCUGCUUUGAUUGAUCACCACAACAUGGGUCAUCUACUCGAUUUCAUAAAUCCUGCAGACGAAGAAAUCACAUCAGACAGCAAGGGCAAUCUCCACAAAAGUUGUGGACCAUACAGUUACGGACCGGGUUCAGAUGCUGUCAAAUGGACCGGAAAUGUCUUCGAUAUCCUUCCAGUAUCGAUUGCAAAUAAGAGUCAUAAAGCGUUUAUAUUCGAUGAGGAGACAAUUGGCUUCUGGAAUCGUCUCCUAGAUUUGAGAAGAAAGAUAAAGAAGUACAAAGAGGAACACAAAGUAGAGUUCGACCUCGUAGCAGAAUGUCAUGCAAGGAUAAACAACAUCGACGAGCUUCAGUUAGCCAACAAAGGAACAGCAGCUACCUCUACAGAGAGAAAUGAGCAUGCGGAAACGCUAAAGGCAGCACAUAGCAGAGCUCAACUACUGUUCGAUAGUAUACUGAAGUUCACUUAUACAAAGAGGAUGCUUAACCUAAAAUUAGCUCGCGGCAUACGGAAAGCAAUGAUUCAAAGCGAUCUAAGAAUUGCUGAAGGCACAGGAUGGAUCGAAGAUCUCCGCAAAUCGAAGAUUGCAUUCUAUGGAAACGUAGACAUAUUCGACGCCCGCUUCCAGGAUGAAGAAGACAAUGUGCCAGCAAGGUGGGAGCCACUUGAGCUUGGAGAGUCUCCUAAGUUUUCUCCUAAGGACAAGCCAAACGGUGCGCCAAACGGCAGUGUGCAAGACUCAAACACCGAGGGUUCCGAGAAAUCGACCGCCUGA